AUGAGAAGAUACGAUUACGAAUUUGUCUACAAGGCCGGGAAAUUGAACGUCAACGCGGAUGCGCUUUCUCGAAACCCAGUAAUUUCAGGAGAAUCAAGCUCGGAGUGUUCCGGAAGCGACAGCAACAAAAAGAAUUCGCAUCAGAACAUUGCGAUAAAAGAUUUUCCCGGGUUAUAUUAUGAAAGGGUGACUCCUCUACGACUACAACAUGUAGAUUGGAGAGUAAGUGUCUUUAUAGAAGUGGAAAAAUUCAGAAAUGACUUUCCAGAAAUAGGUAAGCAAUUGGACAAUGCACUGGACGCCUGUCAGCAGGUAAACUCGCUAGACACUUGCCACGAACUCCUGCAACAUGACCUCCUCAGGGAUCAAUUAAGGAUUGCCAAGACAACAGUGAGGGAGUUGGGUCAUGUGGCGGUCGCACAUGAACUUCCACCUACCAUAGACCGCGAGCCCUUACGUACCAUGAAGGAGCGUUCAGUACCUCUUGGAAUAAUUGGAUCGAUCAGUAAAUCGUUAUUCGGGACAAUGAAUCAAGAAGAUGCAGAAUAUAUUCACUCCCAGAUAGACCGACUGUUUGCGGAUCAAACAAAUUUAACACAACUGAUAGGGAGACAGAUGCACAUCACCGCGUCACGGCUGCAACAACUCCAUGAGGAUCACGUAAGCGAGUCCCGAAGAGUGGAUAAAUUGUACGACGGAAUAGAUGGGCUUUGGAAACAGCUACAAACCUUGGACAAAGAGAAUGCGAAGAUCAAAUUUAAUGCGGAGCUAACGAGAUUCGCGUAUCGUGCCCAAUUAAAACUGGAACAGUACGU